GGAACGGGAUAUUCAAAACUAUGCAGAUUCUGCAGAAUAUGAAACAAAUUUUAUUCGAGUUCAAAGAUUACAAAUCAGUGCCAGACGAAAAUUUCAAAUGGAAGUGAGUUGAACAAAUUAAAAUAGUGUCAAUGAAAAUAUUCAUUUGCUAUGGUAGCAGUAAAAGCAUCAACAUGAUAUACCUCCUACUGAUUUCGGUGAUAAUUCUUCUUUUCUAUUGUUAUUGUGUGAAGACAUUCAGCUACUGGAAGAAGAAAAAAGUUCCUUUUCGAAGACCUCUACCCAUAUUUGGUAACAUCAUGAAAGUCGCUCUAGGAAAGCAACAGAUAGGCACAGCUAUAAGAGAAAUAUACGAUUCGUAUGAUGAAACUGUUCCCUAUUUUGGAAUGUACAUUUUUCACAAACCAUUCCUGGUUAUACGAGAUAAAGAAUUAUCCAAAAAAAUUUUGAUCAAGGAUUUCAAUGUUUUCCAAAAUAGACCACUUUACCACAAUGUAAAAAUAGAUCCAAUGGCAGCUAACGCCAUGUUCAUAAUGCGAGGUGAAGAAUGGAAAACGCUAAGAAAUAAAUUGUCCCCGAUAUACACAAGUGGUAAAAUGAAGAAAAUGAUGCCUCUCAUUACGGGAAUCGCCAAACAGAUGGAAAUCUACGUGGAUACCUUAACCGAUGGACAAGAGAUUGACGUGAGAGAUCUUGCCAAUCGAUAUUCCUUAGACGUUAUAUGCUUGUGCGCCUUCGGUAUAAACUCCAACAGUUUAAUACAAAAAGACAAUGAAAUAAAAAAGAUAGCAAAUAAAAUGUUCGACCUGAGAAGCAUCAAGAGAAGUUUUGCCAUUGGUUCUUAUUUCUUUUGUCCUCUGAUGGUAGAGCUCUUCAAAUUAACAUUCUUGGAUAAAGAGAGCACAGAUUUUUUUGUGGACAUAUUCAAAACUUCCUUUGAACAAAGAAAAAAUUCAACCCUACAAAAGAACGAUCUCAUCGACUUGAUGUAUAAAGUCAAACUUGAAGAAGCAGGAAAUGAUUCAUUCAAAUUCGAUGAUCUCAAAAUAUGUGCGCAAGCAAUUGUCUUUUUCACUGCAGGCAGUGAGACUACAGUUGGAACUUUAUCUUUUUGUUUAUAUGAAUUAGCCAUGAAUCCAUACAUACAAAACACUCUCAGGGACGAAAUACGACAGAAUAUGGAUUCAGAAGGGAAUAUAUCCUAUGAGGCAUUAUUCGAAAUGACGUACUUAGAUUUAGUUAUUAAAGAGACGCUGAGGAAGUAUCCUCUGACCCAUUUGCUUAUGAGAUAUGCCGAAAGGGAUUACACAUUCGAGGAAACAGAUUUACAGAUAGAAAAAGGAACACCUGUCCUUUUGUCGAUGACAUCUCUUCACUACGACGAAAGAUACUUCCCGGAACCAGACAAGUUUGAUCCUGAAAGAUUCAGGGAAGAAAAUGCAAAAGAAUUUCAAUAUGUAUAUAUGCCCUUUGGAGAAGGCCCAAGAAAAUGUAUAGGUGACAGAUUCGCACUUUUAUCAAUGAAAAUAGCCGUUUUUAUGUUCUUAAAAAAUUACGAAAUAACGCCUUGUAAUAAGACGGAAGUCCCAGUGGAACAGAGUAAAACUGCAUUUUUUAUCAUACCUGAAUCUGGAAGUAUAUUUUUGAAUGUAAGAAAAAUUGAAUAGAAUAAACUGUUAUUUUAAUAAAA